UCGGUUUGGCCGAAAUUCUUGGAGAGCCAGGCGCCCCUGCUCCGGCCUGGCACCAUGGACAGCGAGGCGUUCCAGAGCGCGCGGGACCUUCUGGACCUGAACUUCCAGUCGCUGGCCAUGAAACACAUGGAUCUAAAGCAGAUGGAGCUGGACACGGCGGCGGCCAAGGUGGACGAACUGACCAAGCAGCUGGAGUCCCUGUGGUCAGACUCACCUGCACCUCCUGGCCCCCAGGCCGGAGUCUCCCCUAGGAUGCCCCGAUACAGCUCCAGCCCGGUCUCCGAGCCUUUCGGCAGCCGAGGGUCCCCCCGGAAGACAGCCACCGACAAUGCAGAUGCCCCAUUCGGGCGCUCCGAGAGUGCCCCGUCCCUACAUCCCUACAGCCCGCUGUCCCCCAAAGCCCGGCCGUCAUCGCCGCGCACCCCGCUGUACCUGCAGCCGGACGCCUACGGCAGCCUGGACCGCGCGCCCUCGCCGCGGUCCCGCGCCUUCGAGGGAGCGGGCAGCCCGCUUGGCCGUGCGCCCUCCCCGCGGCCUGGGUCAGGCCCUCUCCGCCAGCAAGGUCCCCCCACUCCCUUCGACUUCCUGGGCCGCGCGGGCUCUCCCCGCGGCAGCCCUCUGGCCGAGGGUCCCCAGGCUUUCUUUCCGGAGCGGGGGCCUUCCCCACGCCCCCCGGCCUCCGCCUACGACGUGCCCGCCUUCGGGAGCGCCCUGCUGGGCGCGGGCGGCAGCGCCUUCGCCCCGCCCCUGCGCGCGCAAGAUGACCUGACCUUGCGCCGGCGCACCCCAAAAGCCUGGAAUGAGUCCGACCUGGACGUGGCUUACGAGAAGAAAUCUUCGCAAACAGCCAGCUAUGAACGCCUGGACGUCUUCUCGCGGCCCUCCUCACCUGGCCUGCAGCUGUUGCCCUGGAGAGAGAGCAGCCUGGACGGGUUGGGGGCGGCGGGCAAGGACAACCUUACUAGCGCCACCCUGCCCCGCAAUUACAAAGUCUCCCCUCUGGCCAGCGACCGGCGCUCCGAUGUAGGCGGCUACCGCCGCUCCCUGGGCUCUGCAGGGCCCUCGGGGACCCUGCCCCGCAGCUGGCAGCCCGUCAGCCGCAUCCCCAUGCCCCCCGCCGCCCCCCAGCCUCGCAACGCCCCACGCCAGCGCCCCAUCCCCCUCAGCAUGAUAUUCAAGCUACAAAAUGCCUUCUGGGAGCACGGGGCCAGUAGGAAUGUGUUCCCUGGAUCCCCUGUCUUCCCCCGAGCACCUCCUCCGAAGCUGCCUACCCAGCCCCAGCCGCCCCCACAACCCCAAGUCCAUCCCCAACCGCAGCCCCAGGUGCCACCCCAGCCUCAGCCCCCCGCCCAGCCCCCUACUACAACCCCCCAGCUUCCCCAACAGACCUGGCCCCCAGGGAAUGAAGGCCUCCUCAAGCCCCCCACGGAGCUCGAGCCUGAGCCGGAGCUUGAGGGUCUGCUGCCACCCGUGCUGGAGGCUGGAGAUGGAGAAGAAGGCACUGUGACUCGGCCCCUCAGCCCCACAAGGCUGCAGCCAGCACUGCCACCCGAGGCACAGUCGGUGCCUGAGCUGGAGGAGGUGGCACGUGUCCUGGCUGAGAUUCCUCGGCCGCUCAAGCGCAGGGGCUCCAUGGAGCAGAGCCCCGCUGUGGCCCUGCCCCCCACCCACAAGAAGCAGUAUCAGCAGAUCAUCAACCGUCUCUUCCACCGGCACGGUGGGCCAGGGCCUGGGGGCCCAGAGCCAGAGCUGACCCCCAUCACAGAGGGAUCUGAAGGCAGGGCAGGGCCCCCUGCUCCUGCUCCACCAGCUCCCAUCCCACCCCCAGCCCCACCCCAGAGCAGCCCACCAGAGCAACCACCAAGCAUGGAGAUGCGCUCCGUGCUGCGGAAGGUGGGGUCCCCACGCAAGGCCCGGCGUGCUCGCCUCAACCCACUGGUGCUGCUGCUGGACGCAGCGCUGACCGGGGAGCUGGACGUGGUGCAGCAGGCAGUGAAGGAGAUGAACGAUCCCAGCCAGCCCAACGAGGAGGGCAUCACCGCCCUGCACAAUGCCAUCUGCGGCGCCAACUACCCCAUCGUGGACUUCCUCAUCGCUGCAGGUGCCAACGUCAACUCCCCGGACAGCCACGGCUGGACCCCCCUGCACUGUGCGGCCUCCUGCAACGACACGGCCAUCUGCACCGCGCUGGUGCAGCACGGCGCCGCCAUCUUCGCCACCACGCUCAGUGACGGCGCCACCGCCAUCGAGAAGUGUGACCCCUACCGCGAGGGCUAUGCCGACUGCGCCACCUACCUGGCAGACGUGGAGCAGAACAUGGGGUUGAUGCACAACGGGGCUGUGUACGCCCUCUGGGACUACAGCGCCGAGUUCGGGGACGAGCUGUCCUUCCGAGAGGGCGAGUCAGUCACCGUGCUGCGGCGGGACGGGCCCGAGGAGACCGACUGGUGGUGGGCAGCGCUGCACGGCCAGGAGGGCUACGUGCCCAGGAACUACUUCGGGCUCUUCCCCAGGGUGAAGCCCCAGAGGAAUAAAGUCUAACGGGACAGAAGGACGUUUCCCGUGGAGACAAGCUAGCCGGGACUGCCUUUGCUCCUGACCUCUCGCCCCUGCAAUUAUUGCCGCGUGCACCUGUACCCCUAGCCCCGGCAGGGGUGCGGUCCUGACCUCCAGUUCUACCAGAAGCACCGGGAGAAGGAGAACCCUAGCCCUAACUUUAGGAACCUGCCUCAGCCCGAGGAGGUGCAGGGGGCGGGGCUGCGAACCCCUCCCACAUUUGCCAAAUCAGAUCCUGUCCAUAAGUGCCUCUUACAGCUACUGCGAGUCGCCUCCCACCCUCCCCCCUGAGCGUGGGAAUGGGCCCCAGCCACCUGAUUUCCCUGGGAGUCCCCCACGACCAUCCCAUCUCCACCAGCAUGGUCUCUGUGAGGACUGGGGUGAGACCAACUAUCCCCACCCCACAUCUCCCAGUUAAGUGCCAUUAUGAAAUGCUGGCUUUUUGAACAACGUGAGGAUUUUUUUUUCUUUAUAUAAAUAAAGGUAGU